AAGGAAUACUUGAGUUCUGGAUAGCCUAAGUAUGGUUUCAAGUAAAACAUUCUAGUUUUCUUUAGUCAUUGAUGAGAUUACUAUAUCUCCAGUAUGUGGGGAAAAUUGUUUUGUAUUCUUCUGUCCUUCAUUGUAAUAGAGUGAGAGGGCAGUGUCUCCUUCUGGUCAGCAAAGUGAAUCCUUAAGACUCCGGUGUGAUUGCAUUCCAUACUAUACUCCCAAUUCAGGGUUUUUUGUUGGCAAAGUGCUACAUUUUUCCAAAGUAUUUCCUUCUUUAAUGUGUUUUGAUUUACAGGCAGUUUAGGUAAUUCCUGAUAUUUGAAGAAUCUGGAUUCCUCCCAGAGCUUUCCUGCAGCCUCAGGUCGUUUCAACCUUUCCUUUCUUAAGAGUGAUAGUGAUGGAAAUUGCUAGCAACCAUGCAUCUGGUUUUGAAAAAGAAGGGUUAAGCCUCUAGUAGACACCUGAUGACACAUAUUAAUCUCCUUGGAUUUGAUGAGCCAUUUUCUUGCUCAUCAUUUGACAUUUCGGCAACUUCUAUGCUUAGGUAUAUAAAGAGGCUAAUCUCUACUGUGUAAAUUGUAUUUUGUCACCCAUUCCAUUUUUUAUAUAAGGUUAUAUUUGGAUUCUCUUCUCACUAUUCUGAGGUAACAUAAUUCAGAAAUUCUUUUUUCAAAUUAACUCCCACAUUAAUAAAUUUCUCAUCUGACUUCAGAACUGACCUUCUUAUUUUUAGGCUGACAUUCCCCUCUUACAUUUUUGGUAGAGUUAUGGUCUCAGGACAGAGCUUUUAGUUGGAGUUAAUGUGAAAAAUAGUCCUGUGCUUUGAAAUAGCUAAGGGAAAUGCAAUAAAAUACAGACAAAUGAUUUUCUGCUUUAAAGUUUUUUGCAACUAUGCCACAGAGUGAAAAUCAAACAUGACGGUGAUUGAUUGCAUGUUGAUUACCUUCAGCAAGAAUUUACAACAAUUAGUUCUUGUUUGCUAUAGAGUAUUGCCUGAGUAAUAAAUCUUUUAGGAUUUGCUAAACGUUCUGAUCAACCAAGUGAGGACUUACAUUACUCUUCUUCUUCAUGCCUUUUUUCUCCAACAGCAGCUUAAUGACUAGUUCUUGUUCAUCCGAUGACAUUGAUCAGGAAGAAAUCCAGCUUGCCCUGCAGGCUGCUAAAAUAGCCACCCGAGAAAAGAUCAGAUCCAGAUUCCAUGGCAGCAAUGAUCUUAUUCACCGCCUUUUUGUCUGUAUCUCAGGAGUUGCUGACCAGCUGCAGACAAACUAUGCUAGUGAUCUGCGAAGUAUCUUGAAGACCUUGUUUGAAGUGAUGGCAACUAAACCCGAAACAGAAGACAAGGAAAAGCAAAAGAAAGUUAAUCAGGGUUUAAGAAGCGCAGCACUGGAAGACUGUGCUUUAUGUCAAGAAAGUAUAUCAUCCUCAGAACUUGCAGCAAAAGCCAGAGAUGGAGACUUCGAAGAUCCUCCUGACUGGGUUCCAGAUGAAGUCUGCAGUUACUGCACUGCCUGCAAGGCUCCAUUCACGGUCAUCCGCAGGAAGCACCACUGCAGGAGCUGUGGCAAGAUCUUCUGUUCCCGCUGCUCCUCCCACUCUGCGCCGUUACCUCGUUAUGGUCAGAUGAAGCCUGUCCGCGUUUGCACUCACUGUUACAUGUUCCAUGUCACUCCUUUCUACAGUGACAAAGCCGGUAUCUGACAUAUUAAAGUACUGCUGUGUCCACUGGAGUCUGACACGGACCGAUGCAUUUGACCUAAGCCAAGAGUUAAUGUGAAAGAGGGAGCGGGUGAGGGUGUAUAAGCUUUGACAUCCAUUGUUAUAAAUUUUGUACAGACAGUUUUUACUGCAUUUUACUAAGCUGCUAAAGGGAAGGAUGAAGCGUCUGCAGCUCUAAGGCUGCAGUACAGUCUUCCAUAAAUUUAUAACAUUAAUGUUACGAUGCCAUAUGCAGAACAAAUGCACUGCGUGGAAAGAAAUAGGGCUCAGUGAACUGAACAAGCGUUGCUGCUUAUCUGCCAUGCUAAGCUCAGAGCAGGUGGUUAACUAGUUCCUUACAGCAGAGCAGCCCCAGAGCUUGGACAUGAAAUGUGCUCACUAACUCCAGCAUGGCUAUGGGCAUCAGCCCUCUCCCUCCCGUUGUGGUUUAACUUUCCCAGCACUAGGGGUUUUGUACCUAUGACAGGAUUCAUUAAAGCAAAAUACUUGGAAUCCAUUUUCAGUAUUUCUAAAAGCAAAACUUUCUUUCUUUCACACUGGAGGUCUUGAGGCAAUAAAUUUCUGUUGCCUUUAAUUUACUGAGCAGAAUAAUAACUCCAAGUUGUCUUCUAAAAAUUAAGAUUUAUGACUCCUAGUUCCAUAUUGUUUAUAAUCAGCAUCACUUAUGCUAAAUUCUGGUAACAGAAUUAUAAGACAGAGCUUUGAUUUCUGUAUCAGCACCUAAAACUUAACGAAACAAAGUUCAGAGGAAAUGAUUACCAAAUGCAUGAAUUAAUAUUGAAAUGCAUACUUUUGGAAGAGCUUAGCAGCAGAAUUCAGUAUUGUGACAAAUGAUUUAUCCCACGCAAGUUUUUAAAAUGAUUUUUAAAAGGCAAACUUGAUGUAUUGGAAAGGUCCUACAAUGGUAGACCAGAGAAGGGUUUGUGUUGUCCAUAUCUGGCAGAGUAACCAUGUAAAAUACUGCAUACUGCGACUUCACUCAUGCUAACAAAUUGGAAGACGUUUGUAUUUGUCUGAAACACCAGGGAUUCAUUCCUGUUUGCACUUGGAGAGGAAAGAAGUAAGAUUCACAUGGAUUCCUGCUAUGAUCUUGCACAAACUAUUACAGUGAGAGCUCCCUGAGUGCUGAGGUUUCAAAGCCGUCUGGACAAGCUUUGAGUUAGCCACAUUAAAAGCAAGGCUCUGUGUGCUGUGGUUACAGAGGAAGGGAGAUCAAGAGCUCUUUGCUUAUCCCCUUUCCUGACAUGCAGUGUUACACGGUGUGUUUCAAAACGAUAACUUCAAGAAAGAGAUGAGGGAAGUUGUUUGCAGUGUCAUUCUCAAGAACUCAUCAUUCCAAGUGACAAAACAAAACUGGCCGGGGUGAUUUUCUUUGGUUUUAGUUUGCCUUGUGGACAUUCCCUUCGUUAUGUGGUUUUAUGUUAAGCAUUAAUGAGCCAUUGAAAGCUGUCACAGUUUGGCACUGCUGUCAUUUUAAAUCAGUUGAAGCAGCUUCACCUGGCUGAUGCAUUACGCACAAGCUGUACGAUGCUGUUUGUAACCAAUGCCAGCUGUAAUGUGUUAUCCUCACCUUAUUUAUAUUUUUCCUGUUUUUUCCCUGAAAUUCCUCCAAUGGAAUCCUCAGGUGGGAGUGUCAGCACUCAGCAGGGCUGCAGCAGUGCAGGGAGGGCGGGCGCGCGGUGCAAGCAAUGGUACUUAUUCAGGCUUAAAUCUCAGGCUUCACAUUGCAAUGAUUAUUGCAGUUUUAUUUUUAGAAAGAAAAAAAAAAAACCCAACAAAUUUAAUGCUUCUUUUAUAGGAUAAAAAUACAAAAACUUCAGUUGUGUAAUAAAUAUGCACAAAAAAGUUGCUUCUGUGAGAAAAAAAAUCUUAUUUAAUGGACUGGAUAUUUAUUCAAGCUUGUUUUUAUUUUGUAAAUGCUGUAAUUCAGAAUCAUUUCCAUAAAUAUGAUAUUUAAAGAUCUCAGACACUAUAGUUUCUUAUGUAAAUACAGACUCCUAUUUCUCUUACUGAAAAGCACAAUGACUAUAUCAAUACUAAUAUACAUUUGCCUCAAGGAAGACUUUCAUCUUGUAAUCUCUUCAGAUAAUUAAAAUGUCAGGACUUUCUA